CUAAGGCUAAAGAAAAGAAGCUAAAAUGAACAUAGCAAUAGCUAUAAUAGUGGCAAUGGUGGCACGAGCUCAAUCGCUUCUUUGUUACGAGUGCAAAGACUCGUAUUUAGCACCAAUAGACAAGACAGACACCUGUAAACUAGACGACCGUGUCUGGUGCAAGGGGGAGGAGGUAUGCUCAACCACCUAUGUAUCGUUCGUAACCGGUAAUGACAAAAACUGGAUAAGAGGUCAUAAUUGUAUGGACAAGGCACUAGUAGACGCAACAUAUUCCCGAGGAGCUAAAAUAGAAUCUGACCUUGCUGCAUCUUUCGAGGAUUUUAGUGAUUUUACCUUUGAGAUAGAAUUGUGCGAGGAGAAUCUGUGCAACUCAGAGAUUUACUUAAUAGAACCAGUACUUGUCUGUAACAAGCCAACUAUUGAUAACGGUGUGGUUUCUCCGGAUAGACUGACAAUAGGGUCUGGAUUUACUUACUCGGUAACCUGUGACGAAGGGUUCGUAAUCUCUGGAUCCCCAACCAUAAAUUGUGACGGCGAUCAACUCUCGGAACCUCCAACAUGCAAAAUAGGGGCGUGCAAGGUAGAACUGGCGGAGGUAAAAGACCAAUUAGAGAUUGCUAAAUGUCCGGAACAACCCACAUGGAGUGUACCAAAACAACUUCUUGGAAAGAAGCUUACGAGAAAGACCCUCAAGAAAUUGAUGAGGAAGCCAGAAACCCAAAACGUCGGAAACGUCCUGAAGAAAUAUAAGGGUACAAAGUUGACGAAUGGACUCGCAAAAUACAUUGAAUGUUAUACAGAUAUGACCGAAGCAUGAACUUUAAACUUUUAUGGAAUUUGAGGAUUUGAACGAAAAAUAUCAGGACGACUUUGUUUUGCAAAAUUAAUUAUACUAUAGAGCUUGUUAUACACAAACUUAAUCUAAGAAUAUAUGCGUAUGCCGUUAUUUUACACAUGUUAAUAUUUUGGUUAUUUAAAAAAGUGGAAUACAGUUCUAUUAUAUAUUUAACAGGACCUAUCAAAAGAUUUUGUUGACAGGUUUAAUGUUUAUUUAUGUUUAGCUAUGUUAUAGUGUUAUGUUAUGCU